ACCACCCAACCACUGCACUGCACUCAAGGGUGGUGUGAGAAUUCACUCACGAAUGGCUUUCAAUGCUCUGCUGCUGUUUGUAUUGCCCGCUUUUCUGCUACUCUCAACAACUGUUGCUUCCAAUGAGGUGGGAGAGAAGAUUGAGGUUAAGGCUGUUGCUCCGGUGAAGCCUCCUACUCUAGCACCACCAUAUAGACCCCCAGUUCCUGCACCACCAAUCAAGGCUACUACUCCCCCAUAUAAGCCCCCAUCUCCUCACCAGCACCCCCAACUCCACAAUAUAAGCCCCCACCUCCAUCACCAGCACCCCCAACCAAAGCCCCAACCCCCCCGUAUAAGCCCCCAACUACUGCACCAGCACCACCAACCAAAGCUCCAACUCCCCCGUAUAAGCCCCCAACCAAAGCCCCAACUCCUGCGCCUCCAGUUAAACCCCCUACACCACCAUACAAGCCACCAACAACUCCAGCAGCACCGACGCCUACACCUCCUUACAAGCCACCAAGUCCUCCAUUGCCACCAGUUAGGACAAGAAAGGAUUGCAUCCCAUUAUGUGGAGAGAGGUGUAAAUUGCAUUCAAGGACUAAACUGUGCUUGAGAGCAUGCAUCACAUGCUGUGACAGAUGCAAAUGUGUUCCGCCAGGUACAUAUGGCAACAGAGAAAUGUGUGGCAAGUGUUACACCGACAUGACAACCCACGGCAACAAG